AUGGAAGCCGCCCAGACCGAAAGAGCUUUCCAGAAGCAGCCUACCGUCUACGUCGGUAAGGCCCGCGUGCUCGGCACCAAGGCCGGCAAGGGCAAGGGUGUCCGUUUCACCAAGAACAUCGGUCUUGGCUUCAAGACCCCCAAGGAGGCCAUCGAGGGCAAGUACAUCGACAAGAAGUGCCCCUUCACCGGUAACGUCAGCAUCCGUGGUCGUAUCCUCAGGGGCGUCGUCGUCUCCACGAAGAUGAAGAGGACCAUCAUCGUGCGUCGUGACUACCUCCACUACGUGCCCAAGUACAACCGUUUCGAGAAGAGGCACAAGAACAUCCCCGCCCACUGCUCGCCCGCCUUCACUCUUAAGGAGGGUGACGUCGUCACUGUCGGCCAGUGCAGGCCUCUUUCCAAGACCAUCCGUUUCAACGUGAUCGCCCACCAGCCCCAGAACAUCCAGGGUCUCCAGAAGAAGAAGACCUUCCGUAUCUUCUAA